AUGGGCAGUGGGCCUGAGCUCCUGGUUCAGGGCGGAGUCUCGCUGCCAAACGCCAACCCUUACUCCCGGGUCCUGAGGGAGGGGGAGCCUACGGCUGCCGCCUCCGCCGUUUGGUCCCAGGGGAAGAGCAGCAGAGAGCUCUCUGGCCGCUGGGGUCCGGUGUUCACGGUGUGGCUGGGCCAGCGCCCUGUAGUGGUGCUGUGCCGCUACGCAGUGCUGCGGGACGCACUGGUGCUGCAAGCGGAUGCCUUCUCCGGCCGCGGGGCCAUGGCAGUCUUCGAACGCUUCACACGCGGAAACGGAGCCCCGUUCGACCCCCAGCGGCUACUGGAUAAUGCUGUAUCUAAUGUCUGCACCGUGGUCCUUGGGAACCACUAUGGCUAUGAGGACAUGGAGUUCCUGAGGCUCCUGGACCUUUUCAAUGACAACUUUCGCAUCAUGAGCUCCAGGUGGGGCGAGGAACAGAAAACCCCGAGAGCCAUUUCCAGGCAGAGACGUUGGUGAUGACGAUGCAUAAUCUCUUCUUUGGUGGUAGAGACCACAAGCACCACCCUGCACUAUGGACUCCUUAUUCUGCUCAAAUACCCAGAGGUAGCACGUCUGCAAGCUGGAGAGCUAUGGAUGAGGGGGCUGGGGUUUGGGGUCGGCUGGAGGCUGUGGUAUGCAUCGUUCACAUCUCUGGUGGCCCCAGCCAAAGUGCAGGCUGAGCUGGAUGAUGUGGUUGGCCGAAUGUGUACCCCAACCCUGGAGGACCGAGAGCACCUGCCCUACACCAA